AUGAGGGUGCUUCGUUGUCUAACGUUCGUUUUGCCCGUGGUAGGACUCACGCCAUGGAGCGUGCCCGCGUCCAAGUUCAAGCGCGCGUUAUGGAUGAGCUCACCAACACUGUCCAUCGACCUCUCCCAAUCAUGGUCAACCUCCGACGUCGUCAUAAACCAACUCGACAAACCAAGUGCCAUCAGCGGGAACAACACGCUUCGCGCCCCGGGUCUCUUCUGGUCGCAGUACUGGCGCUCCAUCAUCGUCUUCGGCGGCAACACCUACGGCGCCUCGAAAACGUCCUCCCAGCUCGCCAUCUGGCAGUUCAAAGUCGGCGCCGUGGCUACCGGCGACGGUAACUGGACUGAGACCCGCGGCCCGGACAACGAGCUCUGGAAAGCAGUGCUGUGGCCGUACAGCGCGGCGUAUGCGUCUGGCUCCCCGGCCGGGUUGGCGUAUGGAGGUAUCACGGUGAAUGAUCAGGAUUCGAAUAACACGCCUGCGCCGCUGGGCUAUACGACGGUGAAUAGCACGCAGAAUGAGUAUCACCAGUUUUAUUAUGAGACGAAGACGCCCGGGUUGGUGGAUGGGAAGGGUCAUUAUAUGGGUGGGUUUGGAGGGGAGGAUGGCGUUGCGGUGGUGGUUGGCGGACGCAGUUUCACGAGUAAUGGACCGGGGAGUUUGAGGAAUAUGAGCCAGGUUAUCGUGAUGGAUAUGACGAAUCGAAGGGUUUUCAACCAGACGGCUACGGGUGAUGUGCCGAAGGGACGGGUUCAUCAUUGUAUGACGGGCGCGCAGGGCAGUGAUAGUUAUGAGAUUUUUGUUUUAGGCGGCUCCGACCCCAAUUUCUUCAACAACGAAGCCACAGACCUCCAAAACGUCUACAUCCUCUCCCUCCCCGCCUUCCGCUGGUUCAAGACCCCCGUCGUGGUUCCCGCGCGCGCAGGCGCAAAUUGUCAUGUGGUGCGCAACCAGAUGCUGACGUACGGCGGCUGGGACCCGACGACCUCUUCUUCGUACGCGAGUGCCGACAGCUGGACGUACGGGUUGGGGAUCUUUGAUACGAGUUCCCUGACUUGGGGCACGGCGUUUAAUGGUAGUGCGGAGGUGUAUGGGACGCCGGAGGUGGUGAAGAGGUGGUAUGCUGGGAAUUCUAAAUACCCAACCUGGAACGACCCAGACACCGCAGCACUUUUCACCACUCUCCGCGCAGCCGCAACUUCCUCCUCACCUACAUCCACCCCCACCCCAUCCUCCACAUCGGGCUUAAGCGCACCUCUCCCCUCUCUUCCCGCCGACUCGAAAACGAAUGUAGGCGCCAUAGCCGGGGGCGUCGUCGGCGGCGUCGCCGUGCUUGCUGCUGUGGCUUUCCUGCUUUGGUUCUUCUGUAUGCGUGGGAAGAAGGAGAAGGGCGAAAAGGGGGAAGGGAUCCCGGAGUUACAUAAUCAGAGGGAUGUGCCGGAGAUGGUUGGGGAGGGGAGACCGUUUUUGGAGAUGGACGCUGGUGGGGAGAGGAGGGGGGCGUAUGAGGUUGAUGGGAGGGAGAAAGGGGGUGUGGAUGUGAAGGAUGUGAAGAGGGUUGAGCUGGAGCCUGUGGAGUUAGCUUAG